CUGUCGGCGGAGUUUUGUCAGUAAACAUCUCGAGCCAGGGUUAAAAUUGAGAGUGAUAUCGCGAGCGUUUGUCUAUUUUGUAGAGUGAAAAGAUCAUCGGUGUGCCCGUAAGAUUGUUUAAUGAGUGUGAUUGGGCGCGUGGUACGCUCACUGCGGCCACAAAUGAUCAGGAAAGUUCUUAACGAGGUUGUCACGGAGGGAAAAUGUCAAACACCUCGCCAGUAAUAAAUGGUGAAAACACUGGGAGCGUGGAUUUUCGGGAACUGCGUACGGCACCUGGAACUACGGCUAGUGGAGUUAACGCGGCCGCGGCUCGUGCGGCAUACAACAUGGUUGCAGCAAUGAGCGAACAUUUAUCAACUAACGCGAGGCAAAACGAGUUCCAAACCACUGCCGAGGAUAGCAAGGCGGGCAUAUUAAGCUUCCCUUGCGACUUCGACCACAUGUACGCGAGUAUGACAGACGGCGGUGCCCCGGCGACAUCGGCACUCGGUGUCAGCCCCCUCCGCGGCAACGAGGCUCGUCACCAUGACCUCACCGAGGUCAAGCACCUCAAAGAACUACUACUUUUACAUCUGGACCUGAUACAACAACAAUCCGAGCAAAUCGUUACCAAGGAUAAACUAUUAGCGGCUCUAAGGCAGGAGAAUGAAACGCUGAAGUUGCGUUUGGAACGGAUGGACAGACGAGUCAAUCUACAAAAACUACGGUCAGAUGUAACUGAAAAUUCUAUAGUACCUGAUCACACCGGGGCCUGUUCUCCUACGAGUCUGAAUUCGCCAAAUGCGGCAUCCACUAGUGAUCAUCAGAGGAAUACCGAAUCCGAAAACAGCAGUCCUCCGUACAGCGAGAGUUUUAAAAUACGUUUGAACACAAGCGGAGGUAUAACUACGGUCAAACAAGAGUCGAGUGAAAAUCAUGUCAAGAAUGAAUCCAAGCAUGAAACUUUUCGACAAGAAUCGAGUAGCGACUCUCGACAUGAUUGGGAAAUUAAGAAGAAAAGAAAGUCCGAAUCUAGUACAACGUCCAUUGGGAAACGCAAGAGAGGAGUAUCUUGCUCAUCUACAGUCAGCAACGAUACAACUUCCACGAUACCAGAUAACAAGAGUGUGACUCACGAGAAUGUUAAGAAGACGGAUAAAAAGGGAAAAUCCAUUACUAAAAAGGAAUCCUUUCUAACAACAGAAGAACAUUAUUUUACAUCCAUAGGUGAACCCAACUACACGUUAAGUCUGUCGGAACCCGUGCCUUCAGAUAAUAGUGCUUCCCUAGAAGUCCCAAACUGGAGGGUUAAAGUUUACACCAGCUGUUACACAAUGGAGGGAACAGAGAACUUGGAUGACGAAAUAUUUAACAAGAGACAUCUGAAGUUGGAAAAUGAUGAAAGGCGUCGAAAGAGAUGGGAUUUUCAGAGGAUAAGGGAACAAAGGCAUAUCGAGAAGCUAAAACAAAGACAGGAACGUCAAAAUCAUCAGGCAACAUGUUAUAAUACGAAUCACACCGGACCAUGUCCAACGUUACCGGCAGAAGAAGCAGUAAGCACAUUGUGGCCAGAACCAGAGCAAAUUCAGGGACUUCAAGUUGAUUCACGACUGCCAGUUACAGCGUUUGGUGUGCCCAUUCCCACCUUUACCCCAACUGAAUUCUCUUUACCAUGGCUACAUACGGCGAGGUCCAAGAAUCGACGCACCAAACGAUCUACAGGUAGAAGAAAAUCUUCUAGAAGAUAAGCUAAUACAGCAACAGGCUGAACUUGUUUUUAAUCUAAUUAAUAUUUUAAAACAUAGCUGUAGCGACGUCUUCUUAAUGAUUUGUUUUUAACUCUGAAAUGCGUUAUUCCUGCAGUGUUAAAAUGGGGCACCAAAGAUGUUUUUACUCUUUAUUUUUAAUGAACGCGAUGUACUAAAUCGAUGAAUUACUCUUAUCGAUUUAAUUUUCUACAAUUUUCUUCAUUUACAAUCACGCCCACCUGCCACUCAUUGACGUGUGUAACUCAACGCAUGAUUAAGAUGUUUAAUUUUACAAAUUGAUUUAGAUACCUAACAUUUAUCCAUUUAUUUGUAAUACCUUGACGUACGUCGCAAAAAUUUGAUAAACUGAUGUUCAUAUUGGAAUGUCACUUUUCUGUAAAGCUUUGUAAAUUGUUACUUUUAUUGUAUACAAAGAACAUAUCAUUUAUUUUAAGCUCUGAAUUCGGUAUAUUUUAGACAAAUUUUGGCUUCAUCGAUUAUUGCAGUAUUUUUUUUGUCAUUUUUUUUUAACUUAAAACACUUGUAUAAAAGAUAUAAAUGAAACUAUAUAGUAUUAGCAUACUAUACACGUGAGAAAAUAAUGUAAUGAUUAGUGUGUAGAAAUGGUCGUAACUAAUUAAAAUACAAAAAUUAAAUAUUUUACGCACCGUUUCUUUCAAGACUUAAUGUUUGUAGUAAUUUCUCAUGAUCAAACUCAAUUUCCGGCUAAUGCAGAAAACGACAGUUAUCUAAAUCAAAAACCAAUCUUAUGAAAUCAACAUUACGGAGGAUUUUCUAACAAUAAUUCCACAUUUUUAUACGAAAUAAGAUUGGAUGAUAUAAGCUCUGACAUCUUUGGUUGUUUUUGCAGUCUUCGAUAAUUAAGAUUUUACAAAGUGAUACAUCAUGAGGUUAGAUUGCGACUCUGAACUCUGGCAAUAUCAGGUAAAGACCACAAAACUUAAAUUUUCAUGUUCAAAUAUUAUUUUGUAAGUCUUACUUCUCUUAUUUUUUUGACGCACUUGUUUUCCAAGUAAUAAGGUUUGCAAAUUUUAUUGUUAAAAAUCCAAACGCAGGGCUCAAACUAAGUUUAAGUGUCUCGAACUGUGCUAAUGGACGGUUACUGAUUAUAAUUUUCACACAUGGUUAACAGAACAAUUGGACAACGGAUCACUGAACUAC